UCUUCAGUAGAAGUGACAGAAAAAUGAGAAAAACAUGAAAAUUUAUUAUGUACAUGAAAUGCUUCUUGUAAGAAAACUUUAAAAUCUUUCAUGCUAGAUAACUCACAUGGAUCACAUAACAGAAUAUAAUAUUACAUAAGCAUAAACAUAACAUAACAUAAUCAAUUAUUCAUUGAGCAGUGGCACUCCCAACAGCCAUUUCUUUGGAUGGAUGACAUCAUAAUGGACCUGUUUUGAUUGGUCUCCAUGGUAGCAGGAGCGGGCAGAGUAGUUACUGACCAUUACUCCUGAGGAGAGUGCUGAGAUAGGAGGUGUGGACUUUGUUGUUUAUAGUAUUUUGUAUCUUCAGGUGAGGUGGUGUGAUUUUGUUGCACUUUCCAGAAUUGGCUUUGGAAACUGAGGGAUGUCAAUGAUGGAAAUAUCACCUUCAAAGAUGGAAGAUAUUAUGAUCAAUCAGAAUGAUGAACCUGAUGAAACUGUUACCAUCUAUGUAAAAGAUGAAAAGAAGCAGACAAAAGGAGGAAGGGACAAAACUAUUAUGCAGGAAAGUAUUCAUGAUCAGCAGGCAUGGGAAAACAACAAUGAAAAUAUUCCCACAAACAUGGAAAGGGAUGAGAUCUACCACAUGCACAAGCCCAAUGAGCCUGAGGCAUGUGAUACUGUGGAGAUGAAUGAUAAAAUAAAUCAAUCAAACUCUGAACAAAUUGAGAGGAUGAUUUCUGAGGAAGGUGGGGGUGAUCAGCAUGCAUGCAAUGCUAAUACUGGCAACAAAAGCAUAGGGAAACACCAAAUAUGUAAGGAUAGUUAUCCAGAUGAAAAUGAUGAAGAAUCAAAAUUUGGAGUGAACAAGAAGGAAGGAGCUGGUGAUAACUAUGGAUGUGAUUCCAAUGAUGGUAAUAUGCAGGUAACUAUGGAAAACAGUGAGAUCACCCACAAUAAUGACUCAAGUGGACCUGAAGUUAAUAUCACAAAUGUACAAAUUGAUAUGAAUCUACAAAAAAGUGAUAACAUGAUAAUGCCGCUUAAUAUAGAUGACCAGCAGGCGCGGGUGGUCAACAUGUGCAAGAUUGCAGAAAACAAAGAAGAUUCUUCUAGUGAUAGUGGUGAUGAAGGAGGGAUAUGGUUCACAGCUCCAGUGACUUAUAUAGAAGAGUACCACCUACCAACUUAUUUUGAUGAGGAAAGACCAACAUAUUAUGGAUGGGAUGAAUCUAUGUGGAGUUAUGUAGAAAGGAAAGAAAAAUUCUCUUCUUACUUUGGUGAUAAAAGUGACAUAUGGAUUGCAGAACCUGCUUUGCAUGCAGAAGGACAUUCCAGUCCACCAACAUAUAGAGAACCAGCCAAUCAGUAUGCAAGAAAGAUCAAACUGUUCCCAACUCCAGAAAUUACAGAAGACCCUUGGCCUAGUGAAAGUGAGAGAAUAAGUGAUGACACAGCAAAGAACACAAUACAAGGGAAAAGCAGUAAAAAGAGGAGGCUGCUUUCAUUCUUUCGAUGCUUCUCACGGACAGCUAGAAAACAGAAAAAGGUACAUCAUGAAAAGUCAAUUUCAGGGGAUUCAAAAAGAGCCAUCGAUGAAUCCAGAAAAAAUGUCUCUGAAGACAUAGUGUCCCCAGGUUGCAGUAUUUUGUCAUGGUUUUUUUCUUCUAGGAAAUAGAGGGGGGAAACCCCAAGAAAUAAAGUUAGGAGAGGAAAUUUU